AUGUUUGGGCGCCUGAAUGCAAAGCUCGCACACUUGAAAGCCACGCGCACACAGCAACCCGACACCACCAGCUCCUCAGCAACAACCAACCAGUCCAGCGGCACCAGCGCGCUCAGAGUGCAGCCAAAGAACUCGCCGGCGUUACAGAGCUACCACAUCUACGUGGAGACACCGCGUGAAAACACCCGUGAGCACCCCAUCUCGCCCACAGCAGCACGCGCAGAGCGGACCCCAUCGGCACCUAAGCGGCGUCUGAGCAGCGCCGAGAGCAGCGAGCAAGGAGAAAAGCGCCUAUCAAAGUAUUCGCGGGUCUCGGUAGAAGAUAAUUCGAGCGAGGCAGCACAAUCGGCGAGUGCGUAUAAUUACCACAGCGGAAUCCCCGUGCCGGUCGUAAGCAGCAGCCACCCAGGCCUCAGCUACUACCACCAGCAGCCGCAAGGGAUGCUCAGCGGACAGCCGACUCCCGCGACACCCAGCAACCAGCCUCAACCAGCGCAGCACCAGAUUGCAUACGCGCAGCCGCACUUGUUUGCCAAGCCAAAGAACAUGGAGAUGCAGCAGGCCAUGGUCACCGGAUACCCAGGACUCCAGCGCGCGCACGCUGGACGACUACCAGCUGCUCAACACUCUUGGUAA